AUGGCCUUUCUUCAGGGCUACCAUGGAGGCGUGCAGAUAUUGGCCAAAGCUUUGCCAGCUCCACGCCCCUGGCGCGGACCGGCUCAACCGGAGGUUUUCCCAAGCUCACGGUGGAUGCACUCCGUGCGAUCCUCCAGAGCUCCGCCACGGCGUCGUGCGUUUGAGCGCGGCCGGCUUGCACCAGAUCUCCGACCACGCAGAGCAGCCGUCAUAGCGGGCUUGAUUCUGGCCUAUGCUUGGUACUAUGUUUGCCGCUACUCGCUGACCUACGCCGGACCUGCCCUGGUUCAGCAACAAAGGUUAGACCUUCGAAAGUUGGGUUUGAUACUCAGCGCGGGUCAAAUCGCAAUCGGUUUGAGCAAAGUUCUUACGAGCGUCUUCACCGUUGAUCUUCCUGCAUCUCGAUGUUUGGUGAUGGGCCUUUUGCUGACGGGCGCCUGCAACGUAGCAGCUGCAUUUUUACCAGCCUGCUGGCUCACCCUGACCCUCGCGGUCUUGUGGUCUUUCAACGGCCUCUUCCAGGGCUUCGGUAGCCCCUCCUGCGCCAGGGUGAUCAGUGCCUGGUGCUUGCCCAAAGAGCGUGGGCUCUUUUGGUCGAUAUGGAAUUGCUCCAACAACUUGGGAGGUGCCCUCGCUCCCAUCGUGGUUAGCAUAGGGCUCGCUCUUUCGGCGGGGCACUGGCGUGGGAGCCUGCUCCUCGCCGGCCUCAGCGCUAUGCCGGUCGCUUUGGCAGUUGCCGGAUUGGUCCGGGAGGCUCCGCCCGACAGAUUGGAUGGCAGGGCCGAAGCGAGAGUCGAGCUGCAGGCACCUGUCGCAGCAGCCGGGGACCUCACGGGCUCCGAACUGCUGCUGAAAGGUUGCUUGGGAGAGCCCGGGUUAGUGCAACUGGCCCUGGCGAACUUCUUCAUCUUCGGUGUGAGGGCGGCCCUCAUGAAUUGGCUGGCGUUCCACCUCUUUGAUGGCUCGACCAAAGCUGCCGCGCCCUACUUGAGCGCCUUUGAGUUUGGAGGGCUGCUAGGCAGCGUCUUUUCCGGCUCUUUGAGCGACAGGUGGUGGCAGGCCCGUGGCGACGAAGCGCCCCUGACCGGCAGCCGCAUUCAGGUGGCGGUGGCUGCUGUUACCUUCAUCCUGCUUCCGGCGGCCCUUCUUCUUGCCUGCCUGGAUCGCGCUCCCAAACUUCACUUUGCCGCCAUGUUUGCUGGCGGCUUUGGGCUUUAUGUGGCGCAGGCGCUCUCGGCGCUUUGUGGCUUGGAGUCCGUCUCCGCCCGCGCGGCCGGCGUCUCGCAAGGGCUCCUGGGUUGGGCGGCUUACACUGGCGCGGCGGCUGCCGGGCUUCCUCUGGGCUGGCUCAUCCAGGGACCCUUUGGCUGGAAGGCUUGGCGCCUCUCUUUGGCCCUGGGCUCGGCCCUGAUCUCCGUGCUCCUUUUGCCGCUCUGGCGCCUUCCCUCCUAUGAGCAGCGAGCAAGGAAAGUGCGCCCCCGCCAACCAAGGCUUCCCAACAUGUCCGAACUUAUGGCGAAGGUACAGAAUCAUUGUAGGUGUAACUUGGUAAACUGUAACUCUGCACCCUUAGGAGACUCAAACUCAAUAAAGCCCUAG